AUGGCUUCAUCAGAAACUAUGACCACGCAAAGAUCUGUCACAUUCGUAAACUACACAACCCCAGCUUCCAUUACCACUAAAGAAAUCAACCUAGACAAAUGUUAUAGUGACGAUGAAAUUGUAAUCAAUCUCAAGGCUGCUGCUUUAAACCCUAUCGACUUCAUCGUUCACGGACUUUGCUUUCCUUAUAUUACUCGAAAUGAUCUGAAAACUUACUCUAGAGACUAUGCCGGUGUCAUUGUUCGGAGGGGUGCCAACGUUGACCCUAAAUGGCAGAUCGGAGAUCGAGUUAAUGGUAUGUUUGGCCAUAUUUUCGGCCCACAUGGUACCCUCUCCGACUACUUAGUGAUGGAUCCAACUAAACAAGCCGCUAUUGCACAUAUUGAUAAUAGUAUAGAUUUUGAGACUGCCGCUUCAUGGCCCUUAGUUUUCGGUUCUGCUUACGCCGUUCUUUUCCAUAGGAAACAAAAAUGGACUGAAAAUUCAAAAAUUCUUGUCAUCGGUGCAUCUACUUCAGUCUCUAAUUGUCUAGCUCAAAUUGCAAAGAAUCAUUUAAAGGUCGGUACUGUUGUUGGCAUUUGUAAUCAGAAUUCCAUCGAACGUAACAAAGAAUUCGGUUUCGAUUAUCUUCUACCUUAUAAUGACGAUGAAGGUAACGAUGUCACUGUUAAAAAUGUUCAACAAUUCAUCGAAGAGAAAUUAAACGGUGAAAAAUUCGAUCUUAUUUUUGAUUCCGUUGGCAAUAGUCAAUUUUUCCCUAUUAUGGACCAGGUUUUGAAGCCAAAAAAUACCAAUUCUUACUUUAUUACUGUUGCUGGUGAUGCAAAGUAUAACUAUAAAAAGCCGGGAUUGUUAGAUUCUUUUGCAGCAUUGAAAGCACCAUUCAGAGCCUUAAAUCCCUUCAGAAAAUUCAAUUAUGCUUUCCCCUUCGUAAAGAAAGAAGCUAAUUAUAUGGAACUAGGAAAUAGGAUGCUCGAGAAGGGAACAUUCAAACCUCAAAUUGAUUCUGUGUAUUCGUUCAACGAAUUUGAUAAGGCAAUUGAGAGAUUGAAGUCCAAUAGAGCAAAGGGCAAAGUCGUCGUUAAAAUCGACUGA